GAAUGUUAAAGGGGUAAAAGCGUAAAAAACGGUCUGUGUCUUUCCUCUUUUGUUUGUUAUUCCGUUUCAUGGAAGCAUCCAUAAAAUAUUUGAAUUCUCUCGGAACUCGAAUCUGAACCCGCCAUUUCUCACUUUCUCUAUCUCUGCUAUUUCUAAAUGAAACCCUAAUUCAAUUCCCUUCACUGCGAAAGAACAAUACCAUAAAACAUUUUUCCCAAAUGGCUUCGUCAAUUCAUUACUCAGUAGAUGACAAAGAUUUCGAUGAUGCAGAGCUUUGGGCAGUAAUCGAUUCCGCUGCAGCUACGCAUUCUUCUUCAAAUCGAAAACCUUUAGCAAUUAAACAAUCUCCUAAUAUUCAAUCCCAUACUUCCAUUUCCAAGAUCUCUCCGAAAUUGUUAAUUAACAGUCGCAACAACCAGUUGGAGGAAGAUGUUAGGGUUCCAGUGGAUGGUGAAGUAAUACAAGAGCCUCCUCGGUUUUAUGGUCCACCUCGAAAAAUUGCAAAACCUAAUAGUCCCUGUUUUAGUGAAGAUAGUGGUAAUAAUAGAUUGGCUGUUGUUAACAAUAUGCAAAGAACACCAAAACUCAACAGUCCUGGUUUUGGUGGUGAAGAUAAUAAUAAUAAUCGGAUGGUUGUUGUUAAGAAUUUGAAGCAGACACCAACUACGCCACCGCCAUCGUCAUAUUCGUCUCUCGAUACUGGAAGGUUUUCUGUGCAAGAAGUUAGCCCUACGGCCGAGGUUUCUCCUUUCAAUUUCCCUGAAGAUGAUGGAAGUAUGAAGCAUAGUUUGUUGGGAAGAUUUCCUUCUGUUUCGUUGUUUAAGGAUUAUCAGAAUGCAGCCAUGGCGAUACUUGAGAAGACUGAUUACACGAUGAUUUCUGGGAAUCCGUUCAUCAAGAAAACAGGGUGGAGGAAAAUAUCAUUUUACUUCAAUCUUUCGUUUGAGAUCAAGGACAAGUCCAUUAAAUUUGAUGAGAACCGGAAUGUUCUACGUGCAGAAUUUGUGGCUCGGGCAUACAUGCAAGGUGGUAGGUUCUCAGAUGGAUGGGGCUCGUGUGAUCUGCGGGAAAAACGGUUUUUAAAACCAAACCAUGACAUUCCUAGCACGGCAGAAACCAGAGCCAAGAAUAAAGCAUGCCAAGACCUGCUAGGGAUUGGAGAGUACCCCCCUGGUUCGACCAACUCUCAUGGAUGAAAUCAAUCAUUUGUUCUCCACCUGAUUUUUCAGGUUCUUCAAAGAAAUUGACUGUGUAACCCAGAAAAGGCAUGCAACUGCACGGAUUACAUUUCACUCUGAUACAAUUGGAAAGCAGACAAAGGAAAAGCACAGGUAAAAAUUUCCUGUAAAAGAUAUUCUUGGACAAGUGAUUUUGAGUGGUCUUUUCUUUUCGUUCUUUCAUUCUUACCACUAUACUCCUUAAGAAGAGUGGUCUUCCAAUGUAUCAUAUCAUUUAAAAGCCUAAUUCCCUGCUCUAUAGGUUUCUUUUCUCCAUCAUAAAAAUACAUUUAUUGUUAAGUAAGAUUCCUAAAUGAUUAUAAAUAAGUGGGGAAAACUACAGUGCAAGUAGUAAAAGGGUCGUCUUAUGUACUCCCUCCUUACCUAUCA